AUCGGACCUUCCGGAGUUAAAGGAGAGAGAGGGAGAGAGACUGACUGACUCACUCACUCACGUAGACACACAAAGAGAAAGACGCAGAGUCAGACAGGAGAGGCUCUCCAGGAGGCCCAGGGGGGCCCAUUGUGCCUAUCGCUUCCCCCGGCUGCGCUGCCACUUCAAUGCCCCGCGGGUCGCGGGCUGCUUCUCUUUCGAAGGCGGCGGAGGACCAGGGGCGCCCGGCGCCACCGCUGACUGGGACCUGCGCCGACGCCUGACCCGCGCGCCCUUGGGUACGAACUUCGGUGCGCCCGCGCGCGUCCCUGUGCGCGCCAGCCAGUCGUGGGCCCUCGAGGGGCAGCCCCGGCCAGGAUGGCCCCGGGCCAGGCAGUGGCUGGGCUGCUGCUGCUGGCGGCCGCCGGCUUCGGAGGCGCGGCGGAGGGGCCCGAGCUCGCCUUCAGCGAGGAUGUGCUGGGUGUGUUCGGCGCGAAUCGGAGCCUGUCGGCGGCGCAGCUCGGGCGCCUGCUGGAGCAGCUGGGAGCCGCCCCCCGAGAGGGCGCCCCGGAGCUCGGCCAACUGCACUUCAACCAGUGCUUAUCUGCUGAAGAGAUCUUUUCCCUUCAUGGCUUUUCAAAUGCUACCCAAAUAACCAGCUCAAACUUCUCUGUGAUCUGUCCAGCAAUCUUACAGCAAUUGAACUUUCACCCUUGUGAGGAUCAGCCCAAACCCAAAACAAAACCAAGUCUUUCAGAAGUUUGGGGAUAUGGAUUCCUGUCAGUGACAAUUAUUAAUCUGGCAUCUCUACUUGGACUGAUUUUGACUCCGUUGAUAAACAAAUCUUAUUUCCCAAAGAUUUUGACCUAUUUUGUGGGGCUGGCUAUUGGGACUCUUUUUUCAAAUGCAAUUUUCCAACUUAUUCCAGAGGCAUUUGGAUUUGAUCCCAAAGUCGACAACUAUAUUGAGAAGGCAGUUGCUGUGUUUGGUGGAUUUUACAUAUUUUUCUUUUUUGAAAGAAUGCUUAAGAUGUUAUUAAAGACAUAUGGUCAGAAUGAUCAUACCCACUUUGGAAAUGGUGACUUUGGUUCUCAAGAAAAAACUCAUCAACCUAAAGCAUUACCUGCCAUCAAUGGUGUGACAUGCUAUGCCAAUCCUGCUGUCACAGAGCCUAAUGGACACAUCCAUUUUGAUAAUGUCACUGUAGUAUCUCUACAGGAUGGAAAAAGGGACUCAAGUUCAUGUACCUGUUUGAAGGGGCCCAAACUGUCAGAAAUAGGGACAAUUGCCUGGAUGAUAACUGUCAGCGAUGCCCUCCACAAUUUCAUCGAUGGCCUAGCAAUUGGGGCUUCCUGCACCUUGUCUCUUCUUCAGGGACUCAGUACUUCUGUAGCAAUCCUGUGUGAGGAGUUUCCUCAUGAGUUAGGAGACUUUGUGAUCCUACUUAAUGCAGGGAUGAGCACUCAACAAGCCUUGCUAUUCAACUUCCUUUCUGCGUGUUCCUGCUAUGUCGGGCUAGCUUUUGGCAUUUUGGUGGGAAACAGUUUUGCUCCAAAUAUUAUAUUUGCACUUGCUGGAGGCAUGUUUCUCUAUAUUUCUCUGGCAGAUAUGUUUCCAGAGAUGAAUGAUAUGUUGAGAGAAAAGGUCACUGGAAGAAAAACCGAUUUCACCUUCUUCAUGAUUCAGAACGCUGGAAUGCUAACUGGGUUCACAGCCAUUCUGCUCAUUACCUUGUAUGCAGGAGAAAUUGAAUUGGAGUGACAGGAAAUGGAAGAUGGUGCUGUUAAUGAAGGCAUUUAAUAAAUAAAAAACAUCUCCAAAGGGAUUUUAAAGCCGAUCUUAUUUAGUUAAAAGAUAAUUUUGUUUUCAACUGUAGGUCAGGAAAACUAAUUAUUGAUUUCAGAUUUGUGAAAUAGGCCAUUAUUUGUUGUUAAAAAUAUUUUUGGUUUCAGUCUGAAAUGCCUGGUAUAGGGUGUCUUUGGUGUGAAUACCCAUUUUUCAAUGUUUCAUGCAUAUUAGAAAAUCAUCACAAAGCAAAAGAUAUGCAUUUUAUAAUCAUGCAGACAUAUAGAUCCAGACAAAAUAAAAGGUUGUGUAAGUUUUUAAAACUCUGUGGUAGGAUCAUACGUUCAAGUGGUUUCAGAAUGGUUUUCUUUCAAUUUGUUCUAGCACUUUCAAGAGCAAGUACAUCAAAAUGUGAAAGAGAAUCAAAAUGUAUACAACACCAAUAUAAAUGAUUCCAAAGCCUUAAUGAACCCAAGAAAGAACGAUUGCUCACAACUUUUAUUGUUUUAUAUUUCAAUUAAGAACUUAAAAGAUUGUUUUGAAAAUUAUCCUAAAAUAAUAUGAAUUAGGAUAUAAAUAAAGUUUUGCUGAUCCUUCUACAUUCAGGGUUAGAGGUUUAUCUUUAAGUGUAAACACUACCAGAUUUAUAAAAAGCCAGACUUGCUUCUUUGUGACUUAUGUUGUGGUUGCAUCCCUUACAAAAGGCAGAACAGUAUGUAAAGCAAGUGAUAGCUCAGUUUCAGCAUACCAUGUGUUUGCUUUGUGAAUGUCAGAAUAUGUUGGUUUAGAGAAACAAAUUGAAUGUAAUUUUAAGCAAUUUACUUUUCAAGAUACAUAAUUACUUAGUAGAGAAUAUCUUAAUAGAUGAAAAACAAUAGCUGGACUGCCGUACUUGUAUGUCAAGGACUGAUUAACUGGAAAGUGUAUGUUCUUGUGGGUGAUUUAGAGUCAUUCAGAAAAAACUUAUUUUGUGUUUAGUCUACAUUUUUCCAUAUGGUAUACCUUGGGAAAAAAAAAUUCAGCACACCGUGGUUAUUUUUCUACCUUUUUUAGAAGAUAGAGCCUAUUUACUCAUUUAGGAGACAUAGAAAAUUGGUCUAAAAUUGAACAUCAUAACCCCAAUCCACACUCCCAAGUCACUUAAGGAAGGAUGUUUUGACAGUGAGGAAAACUAUUGGUAAAAGUCAACAAUAAUCUCAGGAAUUACAUUUUCCUAUAGACCAUAAAAUGUUUUCACAUAGCAGCAAUGCAGAUUUAAUUAAUAUUUAACAUGUAUGUUAAUGUGUAUUUCACUUUAUGACUGACAAUUAAAAAAAUUGUUUCACCAAAUAGUAAACAACUUUGAAACCAUGUAUUGUGUCAUUCAUUACUCAUUUAAUAUGUAUCUUUUUUGAGUGACUACCAUAGUGGGUUUGGGGAGAGAGAGAAAUAGGAAAUUGGUGAUGUUUAUCUCAAAGAUAUUUAGCCAAUAAAUACUGC